AGCACUGCCCCUUCCGGAGAGCACAGGCCAGGGCAGCAGCAGAGCCCAAGGCACCCAGCUCCCCAGAAGAUACCUCAGAGGCCCACUGGGAGUGAGGGCUAUGGGGCCCCCUGCCUUUUUGGUAUCCUCUAACGAAAUCCGUUCUGGCCUUGGGCCUGUGCAUAGAGCUGCUGAACCUGAGAGCCAGGCCUCAGCCCGCUGCUCCUCUAGGGUGUGGCCUGCUGCUAGAUCCCUGAGGGCCUGCUGCUGACCCUGCUGGGGCCCAGGGUGCUCUCCUAGGGUUCCUGCUCCAGGGGGGGGUACUGGCCAGAAGAUCCGGGGUCCCUGACUAGUGGAGGUUGGGGUGACAGCACUCAAGGUGCUAUCAACAGGCAGGGGUGCCACGGUCUUAGUGACAUCUGAGGCAAGACCAGGACAUGAGGAAGCCAGCCAGGCGCCAUCUCGGGGAGCAAGCCUGGGGGAAUGGUGCAGCCCAAGACCCUCUGGCUGAGUAGAGGUGUCCCGGAGGUGGAGGGAAGGGGAGGCAGAGGCCAGCAGGCAGAGCCCUGUGAUCACACUCGAGAUAGGAGGCCACGGGAGGGCUCUCAAAACCACCUUCUGAAGCUGGGGGACAAAUGUUGGGGACAGGAGAGGCGGGGAGGCCCGACCACAGUCCGCCUGAGGGGUAUGAGGAGGAGUUGGGGAACUGGCCCAGGUGCGGUAGCCAAGACAAGGGAAGGAUAGAGUGGUCUCAUGCUGAAAGGGCCCAGAGGAGGAGGCAGGGGCAAGACCAGCAUUGCACCCGCUGCCCAGCUGAUGGUACCAAGUGCUCUGUGUCCCUGCAGCUGGUGUACCCCAGUGACUUCCGGCUCACGGACAAGGAGAAAAGCAGCAUCUGCUACCUGUCCUUCCCUGACUCCCACUCAGGCUGCCUCGGAGACACUCAGUUCAGCUUCCGCAUUCGGCAGUGUGGCGGACAGAAGAGUCCCUGGCAUGCCGAGGACCAGCACUACAACAGUGGGGCGCCCGUGUCGUUGCAAAGGGAGCCAGCACACUACUUUGGCUACGUGUACUUCAGGCAGGUGAAGGACAGCUCCAUGAAGAGGGGCUACUUCCAGAAGUCCCUGGUGCUGGUGUCCCGCCUGCCCUUUGUCCGGCUGUUCCAGGCGCUCCUGAGCCUGAUUGCCCCCGAGUACUUCGACAAGUUGGCCCCCUGCCUGGAAGCGGUGUGCAGUGAGAUUGACCAGUGGCCAGCCCCUGUGCCCGGGCAGACCCUGAACCUGCCUGUUAUGGGAGUCGUGCUCCAGGUUCACGUCCCGUCCAGGGUGGACAGGCCUGAGCACAGUCCUCCGAAGCAGUGUAGCCAUGAGAACCUGCUGCCCGCCCCCGUGGUCCUCACCAGCAUCCACGAACUGGACCUGUUCAGGUGCUUCCAGCCUGUGCUGACCCACGUGCAGACUCUGUGGGAGCUUAUGCUCCUCGGGGAGCCCCUGGUGGUCCUGGCACCCUCGCCCGCCAUGUCCUCAGAGAUGGUGCUGGCCUUAAUCAGCUGUCUGCAGCCCCUCAAGUUCUGCUGUGACUACCGCCCCUACUUCACCAUCCAUGACAGCGAGUUCAAGGAGUUCACCACGCGCACGCAGGCCCCACCAAACGUGGUUCUGGGAGUCACAAACCCUUUCUUUAUCAAAACACUCCAGCAUUGGCCCCACAUCCUCCGUGUUGGAGAGCCCAAGAUGUCAGGGGAUCUUCCUAAGCAGGUCAAGCUGAAAAAGCCCUCUAGACUGAAGACGCUUGACACCAAGCCAGGCCUCUACACCGCGUACUCGGCCCACCUCCACCGGGACAAGGCACUGCUCAAGCGGCUGCUCAAGGGGCUGCAGAAGAAGAGGCCCUGGGACACACAGACAGCACUGCUGAGACGGCACCUCCUGGAGCUCACGCAGAGCUUCAUCAUCCCCCUGGAGCACUACAUGGCCAGCCUCAUGCCCCUGCAGAAGAGCAUCACACCCUGGAAGACUCCUCCCCAGAUCCGCCCUUUCCGCCAGGACGACUUCCUGCGUAGCCUGGAGCACGCGGGGCCCCAGCUCACCUGCAUCCUCAAGGGCGACUGGCUGGGCCUCUACAGGCGGUUUUUCAAGUCCCCCCACUUUGACGGCUGGUACCGGCAGCGGCACAAAGAGAUGGCCCAGAAGCUGGAGGCCUUGCACCUUGAGGCUAUCUGUGAGGCGAACAUCGAGACUUGGAUGAAGGACAAGUCUGAGGUGGAGGUCGUGGACCUGGUCCUGAAACUUCGGGAGAAGCUGGUGCAGGCGCAGGGCCACCAGCUCCCGGUGAAGGAGACAACACUAGAGCGGGCACAGCUGUACAUCGAGACGGUCGUCGGCUCUUUGCCCAAGGACCUGCAGGCUGUCCUGUGCCCUCCCUAGGACAGGGCCAAGGGGCGAGGCCCAGGGGCCUGGGUCUGGCCAAGCUUCCUUCUCCUCGGUGAGCGGUGGCCCCAGCCAGGCACGAGCUCCCGACCCGAGCUCCCUGUAGCCGCUGUCUGGCCUUGGCCCCCCCAUCGGCACGCAUGUUGUUUCAGCAGUAAAGGUGGCAUUUGGAACCACAGCCUGGCCCCUGACUGUUGGUGGAUCACGUGCUGGCCAGAGCCUUAC